CCAUUAGCACAAUUGCACCAACAAAAGAAACCUCUUCCAAAUUAGGCUUACUUUAGAGUAUCUUAAAACCUAAAAAAUUAUUAUUAUUAUUAUUAUUAUUAUUAUUAUUAUUAUUAUUAUUAAGAGGAGUGACAAAAUCACAAUGAGCCUACUACUACUUUACUCCAAUUUCUUAACUUCAUCCCAAAAAAACUUAAAAUCUUGUAAAGUUUUUGGCUAUAUAUAUAGCCAUAAUAACCAUUUCCACCCUUCACUCUCAAUAUACCCACCUCAAUGCAUUGACUCAUUUUACAAAUAUCACGUCUCUCAUUCAAUCUCUUCCUCAAAUAAUAACAAGAAUAACCCAAGUCAUAAAAAACCUAUCUUUUGUUCAUUUUUCUCAAAAAUGGCAACUUGUGUUCAUACACCCACCAAAAAUUGUGAAUCAGAAACAUCUAAAUCUGAUCACCAUCAUUUUGGAUACUUAGACUAUUACAGACCCACCUUUUCUGAUCUUGUUUCUAGUGCAACAAUUUGCCCAAAUCAUGAAAAACUAAAUGAAUGUGUCCAAGAUGUUGAACCAAAAAAAGAGGAUGAUUUAUGGUCAAAAAUAGUGGAAGAAGCAAAAAGUGAUGUUGAGCAAGAACCCAUUUUGUCAAACUAUUAUUACAAUUCAAUCCUUUCUCAUAAAUGUUUGGAAACUGCUUUAGCUAAUCAUUUAUCAGCCAAAUUAUGCUUUCCAAGUCUAAAUUCAAACACCCUUUUUGAUAUAUUUCUUGGUGUUCUUAUUGAAAACAGAGAAAUUAUAAAAGAUGUCAUGGAAGAUUUAAGGGCAGUCAGAGAAAGAGACCCAGCUUGUAUUAGUUAUGUUCACUGUUUUUUGAAUUUUAAAGGGUUUUUAGCAUGUCAAUCUCAUAGAAUUGCCCAUAAAUUAUGGUCACAAGGAAGAAAGAUUCUAGCUUUAAUGGUUCAAAAUAGGGUUUCUGAGGUAUUUUCUGCUGAUAUUCAUCCAGGUGCAAAAAUUGGAAGUGGGAUAUUGUUUGAUCAUGCUACUGGGAUUGUGAUUGGAGAAACUGCUGUGAUUGGUAAUAAUGUUUCAAUUUUGCAUAAUGUAACAUUGGGUGGUACUGGAAAAACUUGUGGGGAUAGGCACCCAAAAAUUGGUGAUGGGGUACUAAUUGGUGCAGGAACUUGUGUAUUAGGGAAUGUUAAAAUAGGUGAUGGUGCAAAAAUUGGUUCUGGUUCUGUGGUUUUGAAAGAGGUCCCACCAAGAACUACUGCUGUAGGGAACCCUGCAAGACUUAUUGGAGGUAAAGAAAACCCAAUUAGACAUGAUAAGAUACCUAGUUUUACUAUGGAUCAUACUUCUCAUAUAACUGAGGGGUCUGAUUAUGUAAUUUAGAGAAGAUUAGAGAUGUUUUAGUAAUUUGUUUAAUUAUAUGAUGGGAAAUGUUUUAAGGAUAAAUCAUAAAUUGUUGGUUUGUUUAUGUGGGGUCUUUCUUUAACAAAUUGAUGAUUAACAAACAAUAACCAACAUUAGAGGAGAUUAUAGAAGCUGAUAUAUGUAUACUAUUUGUAGACUUGUAGCUCCCUUUGUAGUGCUUGUGGUAAUAAGAUUAUUAGUUGAUGUAUUAGUCCAAGUAUACUAGUGUUUAGAGAAUCUCCAUUCUGUCUUGUGAAAGGAUUUGAGGUUUGAUUUUCAAACACUUAUAUUAAUUAAUCUGGCCUUAUUAUGCUUUUUAGAAUUUGUGUACCUUGCAUUUUUCUCAUGCAAAUCAUUUUGUUUAGUGCUUUAUUUGAUAUGUUCUUUUCUCAAUUUGUUGGGCAUAUAAUAUCCCUUGAAGUGCCUUGUUGACAAAACUUAUUUUGAAGAAGGGCAAAUUCAUCAAAUACUUUUGUUUAGCCAAGAGAAAUGUGCAAUGUUUUAUAUAAUUCAUCCAUUUGAUACUUUCAACAUUCCUAUAGAUUUAACAUUAGAAACAUUGAGACCAACAAAUAGCAAAGGAAUUAUGUUGAGGUAGAAUUCUUUUUUCUAAUCUUUCAGAUGUAUUCAAGCAUUUACCACCCUUGAUGCCUUGAGCAAUCAUUGAUUAUAUAAGUAGAAUCUAUGACAUAUGGGAUGUGGUCAUAGGCUCAAAAGUGAGCUAAAUAGCAUAAAUGUAAAGAAUGGUUGGAUUUUGUUGGGCAAUGUUCUUUGGAUAUGAAUUUAUGAUAGUCAAGAUGGUUGGGAUAUGCAAGGUGUCUGAUCGUACAAGAUCAUCAAGAUUAAAUCAUUUCUAACAUUUAGUCAACAUCACUUUUGAUUUAGAUUAUUUAAAGUGAUUUAGAUUAUUUACUUGUUUUUAGGGCGUUGAAUCAUGAAAGGCCGUAAAAAUGAAUAUGGUCUAAUAAACUUCACAAAUUUUUAUAUGAGACGGUCUCACCGUGAGACUUGUCUUGUACUUGGGUUAAAUAGCCUAAUAAUAGAAAUUUUUAGCUUAUGGAUUUUUUGUUUUAAGGUAGACUCACCGUAAGACGAUCUCAUACAAGACGAGCUAUAAAAUAUCGUAUGUUUUUGAACUGUUUCGAUUCUUGAUAACCAUGUUGUUCUGGUGGGGUUUGAAGCAUAUUCCUUAGUUGAAAACUACUCUAUGUCUCUAAAUGGACUUGAUGCCUUUAAGGUUUGGAAUGAAUGGCAGAUAGUGAACUACAAAAAGGGGGAAAGCUUUCCAUUAUUAAGAUUUAAUAGCACAAGAAAUGUGGAGUGGAGAAUUGGGAUUCUUAAUCUUUGCUUUUUUUUCACAAAGUGGUAUAUGUUG